GAGGGCCUGAGCAGGGAAGCCCUGGGCGUGAUGGAGAAGCUGCGGCUCCUGGGGUCCCGCGGCGCCCCCGACGAGGGCGGGGGGGCGCCGCGGGCCGCGGCGCCCCGGCCGGACGAGCGCCCGGCCGCCGCCGUGGACGAGCGCCUGACCACCACCGUCAAGAGCAUGUUCGGCCAGGCCAGCUGGGAGUUUGCGCAGAACUCGCCCGCCGGCAAGGCAGCCGCUGAGCAAGCAGGCGCAGGCGCCGCGGACGCGGCGGCGCCGCAGCCGUCGACGGAGGACCCGAGGAGGAGACCUGCUGCCGGCCAGGCCCGGGCGGGGCUGGAUGUGGUACCCCGCCGAGGCGGCGGUGGAGACGCUGCCCAGGUUCCCGGCCGACAUCCCGCCGAAGCUCCGGCGCGGUGGUCGAGGGCCCACCUUCGCCCGGAUCAAGCCCGUGUACGUGCUGAAGGUCAAGGGCAGAGGCGCGUGGGUUCGAGACAGCGACGACGUCAGGGAGAAGCCCCUGAUGGUGCCCGUGGGGCGCGUCAGAUCCGCGGACCGCUUGCCUCUCGCCGCCCCGGCCCCGCCCGGUUCGUCCCUUGGUACGAGGGCGUGCUGCUGUUGGCCUGCUUGGAGCGCGAG